AGGACGGAGAGGGGGAGUUGUUUGCUGUGCACGUGAGUGGGGGCGCGCAGGAAGGAGAGGGAGUGACGAGCCGCUGCAGGGGAGGCGGGAAGGCGGGGACAAGGCGGGCAGCGGGGUAUAAACUCGCAGGGACGCGUUGGGUGCAGAGAAGCUGCCCAGCCCGCGGAGUCGCCCUCCAGAGCCGGUGGCCUCCAGCCGAGACCCUUCCUGGGCUCCGCGGGCGUGUCCCCAGCGGGCGGCCAGGAGGAGGGUCCCCGUGGCGAUCCGGGGGCGCAGUCCCGCGGGCGGCCAGGAGGAAGAGGGAGGCGAAGCCAUGAGCGCCGUGGCCACGUCGGCGCCCAACGCGUCCUGGGGGUCGCUGGCCAACGCCUCGGCCGGCCAGGCCCCCGAGCGGCGGCCUGUGGACGCCUGGCUCGUGCCGCUGUUCUUCGCCGCGCUGAUGCUGCUCGGCCUGGCAGGGAACUCUCUUGUCAUCUUCGUCAUCUGCCGCCACAAGCAGAUGCGGACGGUGACCAACUUUUACAUAGCCAACUUGGCGGCCACCGACGUGACCUUCCUGUUGUGCUGCGUGCCCUUCACGGCCUUGCUGUACCCGCUGCCCGCCUGGGUGCUGGGCGACUUCAUGUGCAAGUUCGUCAACUAUAUGCAGCAGGUCUCGGUUCAGGCCACGUGCGCCACCCUGACCGCCAUGAGCGUGGACCGCUGGUACGUGACCGUGUUCCCACUGCGCGCCCUGCACCGCCGCACGCCCCGCCUGGCUCUGGCGGUCAGCCUCGGCAUCUGGGUGGGCUCCGCGGCGGUGUCGGCGCCGGUGCUCGCUCUGCACCGCCUCUCGCCCGGGCCCCGCACCUACUGCAGUGAGGUCUUCCCCAGCCGCGCCCUCGAGCGCGCCUUCGCGCUCUACAACCUGCUGGCGCUCUACCUGCUGCCUCUGGCCGCCACCUGUGCCUGCUACGGGGCCAUGCUGCGCCACCUGGGCCGCACGGCCGUGCGCCCUGCGGCCACCGACAGCUCCCUGCAGGGGCAGCUGCUGGCAGAGCGAGCGGGCGCUGUGCGGGCCAAGGUCUCCCGGCUGGUGGCCGCCGUGGUGCUGCUCUUCGCGGCCUGCUGGGGGCCCAUCCAGCUGUUCCUGGUGCUGCAGGCGGUGGGCCCGGCGGGCGCCUGGCACCCGCGCGGCUACGCGGCUUACGCGCUCAAGAUCUGGGCACACUGCAUGUCCUACAGCAACUCCGCGCUGAAUCCGCUGCUCUACGCAUUCCUGGGCUCCCACUUCCGUCAGGCCCUCCGCGCCGUCUGCCCCUGCGCUCCCCGGCGGCCUCCGCGGCACCGGGGGUCUGGUCCCUCUUACCCCAUCGCCCCCCACACGGAGUUGCACCGCCUGGCCGCCCACCCGGCCACCGCCAAGACCCAAACGUCAGGCAGAGGUGCGUGUGUCCCGAGGGAGCACUCAGGCUGUGCGUCCUGAGGGAACACGCUACCCCUCUCUGGGCCCACUCUGGGAGGAUAGAGCUGGGCCCCUCUGGGACAGGUGCCGCUGGAACAGCAGCGGCUACUACACGGUUAUAAUAAAUGUCUUUACUUCUGUGCAGCGCAAUCAUAGUGAAGGGGCCCCUGGGUGGCGCAAUCGUUAAGCGUCUGCCUUCGGCUCAGGGCGUGAUCCUGGCGUUAGGGGAUCGAGCCCCACAUCAGGCUCCUCAGCUGGGAGCCUGCUGCUUCC